AUGCCAGAGCCCCUUGCAACUCCAAGAAAGUCAGACUGUCUUGAAGAUGCUAAGCAAGAAUGCAGGGCUGCACAUGCACUUUCUAACCUGUUCCCAUUGAAAUCUCACAACCUCAACCUCUCCAUAACAGAGGUGCUCAUCACUGUCAUCAUUGAGUGGAAUCAACAUGGUGUGCAAUUUGAAGAUGGUUACUGGCCUGACCACACACAAGAUAUGGCAUGCCUUCUCCUUGGUGAUAUAUCUACCUGGCAUUCAGAAUUGAAGUCAGUUACACUGGCAACCAUGCCAUCUGUGUUCAACCUUAUCCAUCCUUCUGAUGUUGCACCACAAAUUUGUGUGCAAUGGAUAGAGACUGCUGCUGCAAAGCUCCUUGACAACUUGCUUUUCCUGACCUAUCGAAUCACAGAUAAGCAUCCUGAGUCCUUCAACAAUUCAGUUCCCCUUUCCUGUCUGGCUCUUGUUGCAGCUGCAAAUAGCACAGGAAAGACAAUGCCUCAAUUCUCUGGCAAGGCUUACAAUUCCAUUUUCCAUGGCAUGAUGAAGGUGCUGAAUGACAUCCUUUGUAAUCCCUAUCACAGUGUGAGGUUGCACAAGCAGCUUUCUCAGUGGGUGAAGGAAGGAUGGGCUGCACUGCAAGAGGUUGAUUCAAAUGUAGAGAGGUACCAGCACAUUCAGGCAGUCCUUGAUUGA